AUAUGGAAAUAUAGUGAAUGCGACGAUUGGAUUUACAGCUUUCCAUUUUUCACAUCGUAUGAUGCUAUCAAGAAAUGGCAGGAUCAAGUCUAUACGUUGGUAACCAAAAAUGAAUCACUUCCGCCUGUCACCAGUCCCUUGAAAAUCUUGCGAUGAUGAAAAAGCUACUGAAAUUAGAGUUAGAGCUUUCGGACGGGGAUAAACCUACAGACUGGCUACAACACAAAAAUUUGGACAGCGCAAUGGUUCUACCACUUUUUGGGUGGACUUUUUUCGAAAUCGAAGGUCGAUCAGCUUUGAAAUGUGAACUAUGUUUUCGGGCGCUGGGCUUGUGGGGAUACAACAGUGAUGGUGUAUCACUUUCAAAUGGCUAUGCAAGCUCUUUACCUCUCGACUCGAUUGAUGCUGAAAAGGAACAUCGUCAUUAUUGUCCUUACAUCAAUCGAAAACAAGCUCAGAUCACAACAUCAGCAACAUCUCGACACAGCACGAAGGAUUCAGGACAAGCAAUAUGCGGCUGGGAGUUCAUGCUGGACAUGGCUACCAUUGAGAGCAAGCACCUGGAAGAGAUGUAUGACUUGUCUCCAAAAGCGGAACAACAACGAUCUCGAUUACGCCAAGAAGCACAGGAUCUCAUGAAGGCAGCUAAAUCAAGAUUAUCACAGGUUCUAAGUGGUAGUUGGAUGAAGCAAAGCAUAUCAACACCAGAAGUUGAAGUCCCCACAGAGCAUAUUGAGGGUGUGCGAUCUCCUUUAUCUCCGACGCAACUCUCCCCACUCAAAGAAGGCGAGCAACCUUUGCCAUCCAUAAUCAUUAGUCAUGAAGAAAUACAGCAUUUAUCGCCAGCUGCAGAUAUGUUAGAUCGGACCAUUGAUGAAGGUGAAAGCGUCAAUGUGGAUGUCACAAUUAGCGAGGAUACAGCAGAAGACGUUGAUGCAUUUGGUAAUGUUAGCGAACAGGUAGUAGAGAUACCUGAAGAAGCUGCAACGGAAGUGGAAGUGCCACUCGAAGAAAUCAACACGUUGGACAAUUUGAUUAGUCACAAGCCGCAAAUUAUAGCGGCUAUCAAAGAUCUCAACAGACUUGCUAGCCCUGGAAGUUCCUUAGACGUCAACUUGUCUACUGCUUCUUCACCAAACACAAAUGAAGCAGGACAAGAAUUACGAGUUGAUCAACUGGAAGAUGAAGAGAAAGCAAUGGAGUCAGAGACGUAUCAAAAUGGUGAAGAAGAAGAAGCAAAUGAUGAUCAUCACGAUGCAGCAGUGCCACCUGCUUCAAAUGUGGAAGAAAUGACUGACGCCUUGGCAGGACAUGUUGAAACAACACCUGAAAUCGUGUCGGCGACAGCGACUCCACCUGAAAUACUUGAAGCUGAGGUGACUUUCGACGAUGGAACUGUUACCGAACAAAGGGAUGAUACUGUAAAUACCACCAUCAGCAUUGAAGAAGGAGCUGUUGAGGAUGAAGAUGUCGUCGUCGAAGACGUAGAAGACAUUCUCUCUGUGCAAGAUAGUGCUAUAGAAGAUAUCGACAGCAAUCUCAAAGAAAGCGAAGAGCCUUUGGAAGACCAGGUAGACGAUGCCAGUCAACUUGAUCAAAAUGCGGCACAAGAACUACAAUUGGAAUACGAUGAGCAUGGCUUGGGAGAGCAAGAGCAAGCCGAACAAGAAAGUACAGCGACCGAAAUUGAAGUCAGCUCUGAUACCGAAUCAAACGAAAUUGAAAUCCAUCAAGCAGAGAAUGAUGAUGUCCAAGGUGCCAUCGACUCGGAGUUUAGUGCUGAUACUCAAAAAGCGGAUGCAGCAGCUACUGAAGUAGAAGCAGCAGACGAUUAUAACUUUGAAGAAGCUGAUGAAGAGGGUUCAGCCGACCUGCCAUCUCCUGCAGUAGACGAACUUCGAGGUGAUGACAUAGCUGAUGAGCACACUACUAUAGCCGAAGAAGAAGAACAAGCAGAAGAAGAUCGCAUUAUGGACGAGGUUGAAGAACUUGAAGAUACUCAUACUGAUCAACAAGAUGAUCAGAUUCACCUAGAGGGUGAAACCGUCCUUGACGAAGACAGUCUUGUUGAAGGGGAACCAGAUAUUAUUGUCGAACGAGCUGAUACGACAAUGCAUGAAGACAAUGGAUAUAAUGAAGAAAAAAAGACCUUAGCAAUAGAGGAGGUUAACUCACCAAUCUCACCUUUGCCCUACGAAGAGGACGAAGAAGAAGAUGAGGGCGUCCCACUUGACGAUGGCAUGAAGGAAGACAAUGACCAGGCCGUCAAUAUGGCACCAGCGACGAUUUCUGACAUGGAACAGGUUGCAGAUGAUGGAAAUGUGCAGGCCGAGAACGAGGUUGACGACAAUUUAGUUGAAGAAGGCACAACAUCUGAUCAAUUAGAACACGACUUUGCAACCUACAUCGAGGAAGAGCCUCAAGCAAAUGAAGAGCAACCAAUCACAUCCAAUGAACAAGAAGUGGCAGAUGAACUUCAAGCAUCUCUGGAAGCAAGUAUACAAGAUGACGAGGCCGAAGAUGAUGUUGUAGAUAACUCUGACGAGCAUGUACUUUUGGAUGAAUCUGUUGUCACAACCAUGCCUGAAGAUCAAGAAACUACAGAAGAGCAAAUCGAUCUUGAGGCAUUGCCUGCAGAGGGUGAUUAUGCCGUCGACAUUAACGAGAACUCAGGAGUUGACAUCCCAUCCGCACCAGAAGGGAAAGUAACGACAAUCGAGUCGCCAAAUGAAACAGAAAUUGAACAUCAGCAUGAGGUAUACGAGGCAGAUGCAGAAGAGGACGUCGAUAUCCAACAGCCACAACACGAAGAAGUUCAAGACUAUCAUUCCGAUGAAAUUGAAGAUGUUAGUAGCCCACAAAUUUCUACUUCUCAAGAGGAUGAUGCACACGAGAGUAUGGACGAUACCAAGGCUUUAGAUGUGUCCACAGACGACGCAGCAAUUUCGGAUCAAGCAGCGCUUCAAGAAAUUGGAGAGCUAAAUGCUGAGAUAGCAGCUGCAGAGAAUGACAUGUCGUUGCCAUCAAGUGAUGAACCCUCAGCAAAAUCUAAUGGCACACCCAAGAACGAAAAUACAGAAGCAACAGAGCCCUUCAUAAUGAUAGAGGAAGAUGAUGGCCAACAACCGAUUGAAGAAGAGGAUUAUGAAGUGAUAUCUACGGAUGAUUUACCAGUUUUACAUACAGAAGAAUCAGCUGAAUCUCACCAUGCAGAAGAACCUAAAGUCAGCCUUGAAAUUGAGGGAAAUGCAAUAGUGGAGCUUCCUGAUUCACCAACGACAGCUGAAGCACAGCAAGAUAUCGCACCUCAACCUUUAGAUCCAGCAGGUAAUGCGGUAGACGAGACUGAAGAGAAUCAAACUCAUCAGCAUUUGUCAGAUAACGAACAGCUGGAGGAAUAUGUAGACAAUGAGCAGCUUGGGGAAUAUCUGGAGGAGCAGCCCCCAUAUACACCUGAGCCAGAAAGCGCGAAUCUUGAUAUCAUUCCAGCAUCACACAUCGAUGCAGUGGACCAAGCGAGCACACCGCAGCUCAUCAAUGACGAUGAUGGAGAUGAGGUACAAGAAGACGACAACGUUAUGAAUGCAUAUACCACUGCCGAUGAAUACGAACAGCAUGCUAUGUUGGACCUGGAGCAACCCAUCGAUAAUACUGAGGAUACAGUUGUCCCUGAACCAGUAUCUGAACAGGUCAAUGAAGCCAUAUCCCAAGAGGACGCUCUCAUAGAAGACGCAAAUACUAUUGAAUCAGAGCUUCAUGAUUCUAUCAUGGAAACUGAAGAAGAGUAUACGCAGGAGAGUAGCAUGUUGGAUAUAGAGUAGCUUUUUAUCAAAGGAGCUUAUUACAGAACAGUUACUCCAUGUACAAAACCUAAUCCCCAAAGCAACUGUAAAAAGAAAAUUAAUAAAACGCAUCGUACUGUUGACCACUU